AUAAUUUCAGUUCAGCAAAAUUAAGGUGAAGAGAACAGAACCUUAGUCUUACCAUUAAAUCAUUUCGCCAUGAGGAUUCCUUGUGAGGAAAACCAACUUCCUCACCAGUAACCACCGUGAAGCCCUCGAGGAAAAUUUUCCACAUUCAUUUUCCUCAAUGAGCAAAUUUCCAAAAACUUUGUAAAAAAAAAAAAAAAAAAGUUAAAGAGAUUGCGGUACGUCGUACGUGUGCCCAGCAUCCAAACACGUCGUAUACAGUAUAUGAGUAUACACAGUGAAUUCUCAACGUUCACAAAUUACUCACUCAAAAACCCAGAACUUCAACUUCCAAUCCUAACAACCACCAUGAAAGCUCGAUUAACCUCUUCAUCAUCAUCUUCAUUCUCACUAACUCCAUUAUCACCAUUACUACUCAAUUCAACCUCUGAUUUCGAUUUCAACACAUCUUUCUCUCUCCUAAAUGCCGUCCUCAUUUCCCCCAAAACCCGAAAAUCCGCCAUUAACAACAAUGUCUGUCUCCCCCAAUUCCUCUCAACCUCCAUUUCUAUGGAACUCAAGCUCCAAAACCCAUCACCCAAUUCUGAAAUUCCGCAAAAACCCACCUCAAAUUCUGCCUUAAAAGACCUUUCUAUCUUCGAACGCGCGUCUAUCGGAGCGGGUGCCGGAGGAUCUGCCGGAGCUUUUACGUAUGUUUGCCUUUACCCGCUUGAAACUGUGAAGACGAAGCUUCAGACAAAAGGGGCUAGUCAAAUUUACGCUAAUACCCUCGACGCCAUUGUUAAGACCUUCCAAUCAAAAGGUAUUCUAGGGUUUUAUAGUGGGGUUUCAGCUGCAUUAGUUGGUUCUACUUUUUCUUCUGCUGUUUAUUUUGCUACUUGUGAAUUUGGGAAGUCAUUUUUGUCUAAAUUUGAUAGUUUUCCUCCUGUGUUGAUUCCUCCUACUGCUGGUUUAAUGGGGAAUGUUGUGUCUUCUGCUAUAAUGGUGCCUAAGGAAUUGAUUACGCAACGAAUGCAGGCGGGUGCGAAGGGCCGGUCUUGGGAGGUUGUUGUUAGAAUUUUGGAGAAGGAUGGGAUUUUGGGGUUAUAUGCUGGUUAUUCAGCUACAUUGCUGAGGAAUUUGCCUUCUGGGGUUUUGAGUUAUGCCUCGUUCGAGUGGCUUAAAGCCGCGGUUUUGAGGAAGUCGGAGAAGGGGAAGAUGACACCAUUGGAGAGUGUUUGUUGUGGGGCAUUGGCCGGGGUGAUUUCGGCCACGUUGACAACUCCAUUGGAUGUUGUUAAGACUAGGUUGAUGACUCAAGUUCAUGGGGAGGCUGUGACUAAGGUUGCUGCUGCUACACUUGGUGGGGUUAGUGCCACUGUUAAGCAGAUUAUGAUGGAUGAAGGUUGGAUUGGUUUUACUAGGGGUAUGGGACCAAGAAUUGUUCAUAGUGCUUGUUUUUCUGCAAUUGGCUAUUUUGCAUUCGAGACUGCGAGGCUUGCGAUCAUGGAACAGUAUCUUAAGCAUAAAGAUCAGCAGGCUAAGGAGAUGAUGGCUGCAGCUUCUUCAUAACGCGGAGGGUUCUGGAUUAAGAUGACUGUUUGGUGAUUAUGGUGAAUGGUGAUUCUCUUCCUGCCAUUUUUGUAUGUAGGAGAAUUUAAAAUUGAGUUUGUUUUUGUUUGAGUUGAAAUCUUUUCGCAAUUUUGUUACUUAGAUUAGCUGCUAUCUGUAGUUUAAUACAGUUGUAAGCAAACAACAUUAAAGGGGAAUAAAUAAUAAUAAGUUGAGGUGAAAUUAUUUGGUCAAGGAUGAAGUGAUGAAUGUAAAUUUAAUUUCAUGCUGGUUUGCAUAUUGAUAUAUAUUACAAAGAAGUUUGUUAUGGUUUACAUAUUCUUGUUAUUUACAAAGGCACCACCGGCGCUGAAGUACUAUUGGCUCAAUUCAUAAAUUGACAAUCCCCUGCCUCCCCAAAGUAAUAGAAAUGAACAGAAAAUUGAAUUAACCUAACAACUUAGCUUAGCAAUAUUGACAUCAAGUUUUGAUGAUCAGGGAUAGCCUUUCCUGUAUGAGUUUACAGCAGCAUAUGGAGAAGCACUCCUUGCACAAUUUGCAUGACAUGGCCUAAGUCUUUUAUACCUUUCACACACCAGGUAAUAUGCGCCAGAGCAGCUAACACGAGCAUGCUUCUUCAUAACGCGGAGGGUUCUUGAUUAAGAUGACUGUUUGGUGAUUAUGGUGAAUGGUGAUUCUCUUCCUGCCAUUUUUGUAUGUAGGAGAAUUUAAAAUUGAGUUUGUUUUUGUUUGAGUUGAAAUCUUUUCGCAAUUUUGUUACUUAGAUUAGCUGCUAUCUGUAGUUUAAUACAGUUGUAAGCAAACAACAUUAAAGGGGAAUAAAUAAUAAUAAGUUGAGGUGAAAUUAUUUGGUCAAGGAUGAAGUGAUGAAUGUAAAUUUAAUUUCAUGCUGGUUUGCAUAUUGAUAUAUAUUACAAAGAAGUUUGUUAUGGUUUA